UUCUCAAUUUCUUUCUUCUCUGAUGUAGGUGCAAUCUACUUGAAGUUGAAAAUGUUGCGUCUACUAGGCCAGGUUUUAGAAGAAACAGGGUAUGAUAUCUCUUCUGUGAUAGAUCCAAAUGUAUUUUUGGAAACGUCCAUAGGGGAGCAACGUGUACGUCUGUACAUUAUUACGGGAGUGCCAAUGGAUACUGAAUUUGUCCCACGUACAAAAGGGGAAAUUAAACAACUCAAAUGGUUCCCCAUUAAUCAGUUGCCAUCACAUAAAAAUGACCGUUAUUUCAACAAAGUCAAUGGAUCAGCAAAUAUGUUCUACAUGGUUAUGCCAUUUGUCAAGAAGAAACGCCAUCUUUUGAAAGGCAACACAGUGCAACAGAAAGUCCACCAAAGAGGAAGGAAAAUACCAAGGGAAAGUCACGCAAGUCAUUAUUCAAUGGCUUUGGAACUGUGUGGUUUGGAGCUGAAAGGGGACCACUGCACUGGAGCCUCCAUAACAACAAAUAUUGAACCAGAUGUCUUGCAAUAUCCAGGCUUAUGCUUCUUAAGCAUACUGCAGCUUUGAGGCAAAAUUUUUUGUUCUUGAUUGUGCUGUACCCAAUAUCUGACACAAAAGUAUCAGGCCAAGCGACUACUACUUUGUUAAUCCAUACCAUAAGUUCAUGUAAGUUUUGUUUAUCAAUUUUUUUCCAGCAAGGACCUCUAGAAUCUUAGUUAAGAUGUAAGUUGUCUCCUAAAGACCAGAGUCACUACUUAAAGGCAAUGCCAAUUAUACAAUCGUGUCUGUGUGUCUAACAGUUUCUGCUACCAAAAUCACAUAAAAGAUUCCUGCAUAGUCAUACUAGCCAAAUAGUUAACACUGUAAAUAAGCAGCUCCUUACACAACAAGAAAGAUUUAUAUUCUGCUUACCAAGUAACAGAUUUAAUAUUAUUCCACAAAUAAUCUUAUUAAAUCAUGCUAAGGACAUUGCUAGUUUCCCAUAGACUUGGCUGUCAAUACUCUUGCCCUAAAUAUAGUAUGCUGUAGUUCUAUCUUAAUUCUUGAAAAUUAUAGCCUGAGUUUUUCAACUAUGCCAAUGACAAAACUUUUUGAAUUAAUGUUGCAAUGUAUUCCACUACUAACACAAGCUAAUACAUAUGGCAUCAGGGUAAUGAACAUAUGCAACUUCAGUUUCUAACAAUAUUGACUGAUUUAGUAAGGUCUCUUAGCAAAGUGCUUUAUAGGCAUCAAGAACCAUGUUCCCAUGGCAUCACUGAAGCUUGCAUUCUUACUUUAUCAUUGCCAAUUUGCAGUUCUCAGACAAUAAUACUCCAGAGGAGGCCAACCCAAACAAUGACUGUCUCAAAGGCUGGUUUGAGUUUUGGAGACAUAGCUAUGUUUUACUUUUUUACAAUUUUUGAACAACAAAACAUGCUAAACAUUUCAUAGUUUUCCAUGGAAAGCUUAUAAGGAAACG